AUGUAUUUGAAAGAGUUAUUCCCUAUGAAUAAGGUAUUGGAGCUUCGAACUGAACUAAGGGAUCUGCACUUUUCCCCCUCGAAUGUAAAGACUGGUAAACGAUAGCCAAAGCUGGACAAAACUCUUAGCAUCAGAUCUUCUUUAUAAAAGGAAACCCCAUCUCGAGUAUUACCAUCGUGAUACCGUCUUUUGCAUCUUUCAUAUCAUCCUCUAAACAAAGAAAGUCAAUUUUCUUAUCUGCUGUUUUUUGGGGAGACGUUUCUGAAAUCUCAAACAACGGCUGGCAAGGAGAGGAAUGUACUUGGAGAUCCGGUCUGGCGCUAAGAUUGCAGUUUACAUACAGUUCUUUGACUUUUAUUACAGGUAUUCGUGUCUUAUUGACUGGUGUGCAGAUAGCUUCAGUUAUCAAGGCGUUAUCGGAUAUCUAUCGAGCCUUAUUUGGAACCAACCUCAGCUGGCAGUUUUCUUCGCCUACUUCCCUCAUGAAGAACGCCCUGAUUCUCAAGACAUCUUGUACCUAAUUUGCUGCCCGUCUCAACUUAAAGAAAAGGUGCGGGCUGAAAUUACGAAUCAAGCUAAUGCGCCUACUUCAAGUGAUUCAGACUCCCGCAUCAGUAUGAUUCCUGGGCGUGAUAGGGCUUACGUCUCCCUCAUAGGAGGGAUCAGAGCGAUUGAGGAAGAUGACAUGGAUGAAUUUUAUCUCCAGUAAGUUUUUAGAUACGCUUCACUGAGAAAACCCUCAGUAUGCUAUUAACCUGAAGUUUUAUUCCAGUAGGUUUUCUUUAAAUAAUUCCAAGAGGGCAAUGCCAAUUUGUUUAAUCAAAUUCAAAAUAGCAAUCAGCAGAGAUUUAAAGUUGAGUUGUUAUUGAUAGAAUUUAACUCAAACUUUGACUUCAUAAAUUCACUUUUUUUCUCAUAUAAAUUGCAGGUGCUAUAGAGCCCAGAGAAAUGAUUAAAUUCUAAUUCAGGUUAUCGCGGUACACUCGCUCCCUGUUCCCCGUUUCGAGUUCCUCGUUCGACGUUUAGGUAACAUCCGUCCCACUUCCUCUGUAGAAAAACGGCAAAGAUUCUUGCUAAUAAAUACAUCCUUUUUCGUGCUGAUAAGAAUUAUUUUUAACAGGUUUAUAAGCGAUGACGUCCAUAAAGUUCAAGUUCCAAUCCGUGUUAUUGAUGACAAAGGACUUUCAGGGGUGAGGUUUUUUAAAACACCGAAGUUUGAAAAAGGCACUCUGCUAUGUCGAUUGAAUUUUCGA